AUGAAAAAUGUUUUGGAAGAGAAUUCAACUCAAAUUAGCGAGUUAGAAGCUGAAUUAAGGACAAGGCAGAGACUUACUAAAGUUUAUAAGGAUUCGAUGGAAAAGGCUGAUUUGGAACUUUCUGAGGCUAGAGACAAUGAAUUUAGACUUGAUGAGUUGGUAAAGGAGAAGGAAGAAGCUUUGUUGGCAAUGUCAUCAGAAUUGCAAGAAGCCAAGGAAGUUCAUGAAAAGAUUUUGAAAGAAAAAGAUGAUGAAUUGAAACGUCUUUCAGAAGAAGUUACAAAAUCUACAGAAUUGUUGAAUGCUGGAUUUAGACUUAAUCGUCCAGAUGAGGACAUUGCUAGAAUCUCCCCAGCAGCCGCUGCAGCCAGUAGUCUUUUAAAAAGUGGCAUGUCUUUGACUGGAAUUUAUGCUGAACAUUGUCGUGUUGUUAGCGAAUUGGAAAAGAAAAAUGCUGAAUUUUCUAGUCUUGAGAAAUAUGUGACAGAACUCAUUCAGGAUUUGGAUUCGCGAGCACCAAAGUUCCUUGAACAACGCAAGGCAUAUGACCAAUUAUCUGAACGUAAUGAAUGUUUACAGUUGCAAAAGGAUUUAUUGAGCAGCGAAUGUCAAAAACUUCAAUCUAAAUCUGACUCUUUGACUCGUGAGCUUACUUUCACAAAGCGUGAAUUGGAGCGUUAUCAACGAGAACACAACAUUCAACAAAAACAGAUUCAACGCUUCCUUUAUCUUUUUGAGAAAGGUUCUCUUUCAUACAACGACUCUUUAUUAAAUGAGAGCAUUGCUGAUGACGAUUAUCUUUUUGCUAACAUUAGCGAACUUCAAUCAAAAAAUAUUCAAUUGGCUGAAGAAGUUGAACGUCUUCGUGGAGAGCAGGAUAAGGCAAUUGAAAAUUAUCACAAUACUGAAAUUGAAUUAUUAAAACAAUCACGUAAUCAAUUGCAAGAAGAACUGAGCCGUCUUAAAGAGAAUUUUAGCAAGCAAAGCACGUUGGUCCAAGAAUUGACUAUGCAAAGAGAUCAAUAUAAAAAAUUGUAUGAUCAACUCAAUAAUGCAAAUAGUAAUGGAAUGAGUUCGAAUGAAUCGACAGCUUCGGAAUCUACACAGCCCAAUUUAAUCCAGCAACCGACGAUUAAGAGCCUUCAAAUGGAAAUUAUGAUGUGGAAAACAAAAUCUGAAAGAUUUCAAGAAACUAAUAUAUUUUUGAAUGAAGAUCGGCAAUCUCAUGAAAAAAUUCUCAAUGACCGUCUUGACCAACAACUUGAACAAAUUUUUACUAUGCGUACAACAAUUGGGAAAUUGGAAAGCGAUCUUGAAUUUCAAAACAAAAAUCAACAAUUGUUGGCAAAACAAAUCGAUUCUUAUUCUCAUGACUUGAAUCGUUUAAAUAAACAACUGUCCGAAUCCAAACGUCAAGUUGAAUCAUUAGAAAUUCGAAAUGAUUCUCUUACAAAUCAAUUGCUUGAAAAGCAGCAACGUCUUUCAACACUUGAAGUACAAAAUCAUUCUUUGUCUGAGGAACGUGCCGUACUUACAAGUCGUGAUCAGCGUUUGCAAGCGGAGUUGGAAAUUUUGAGACAAAACCGUUAUAGUACAGAGCGUGUUUCAACUUCAAUUCAAGAAAUGGAAUUAUUGCUUAAACGAAUGGAAGCAGAAAAAUCACAUUCUAUGGAUAGCCAACUUCAAUCAGCUCUUUUGGAGCGUGAUAACCUUCGUCAACUUAUUGACAGCUUGAACGAACAAAACAAUCAACUUGUUAAUGGCCUUAAGAACAGUUUGAAUGUUGCUUCUAGUGAGCGUGACAAAGCUCAGGCCGAUGCAAAAUCAAUUCAAACUCGUUUGGACGCAAUUGAACGAAUUUAUGAACAGUUGAAGCAAGAACAUGAAACUUUGAAAAAUGAAAUGGAACAGAUUCAGUCAACAGACACAAACCUCGAAGCCUGCAAGAAGGAAAUUCAGAAAAUGAAAAAUACAAUUGCUUACCAAGAAAAGCAGAUUGCCGAAUUUGAAAAUAAAUGUGAAGAAUUGAAUGGGGCAAUUGAAAGGAAGGAUAAGCAACUUGAAGAAAUGUGCCGUUUGGGAACAAAUAUGGAGGGAACAAUUCAGUUUGGUAAUGUGGAGAGACAACGUAUGCAAGCAAUUCGUGAACAGCUUGAGGAGGAAAUGAACAAAAAUAAAUUGUUAAUCGAAGACUUGAGAAACGCUGUUUCAAUAAAGGAAAUGGAAUUACUCGACCAAACGAAAAAUUUAACUGAAACCAACAACAAACUUGACGAAUUAAAUGCAAAGACUGAACAAUGGAUAGUGGAGAAGGACAAAGAAACACACGAAUAUAAGCGUGUUAUUGAUCAACUUCGCCUUGAGAACGAAAAACUUCAAAGCGAUUUUGAAAGGGUCAAUUCCAAUUGUACUGACUUUUCUGAAAAUAAUUUGAGAUUGACUACUGAUUUGGCUAAGGAAAUUUCGAAGAGCGAAAAUUUGACUCAACAAAUUGCCACUUUAGAGAAGGAAUGUCAAGAUAAGUGUGAAAAAUUCCAAAAAUCGAUUGAUAUUUUCGAGCAAGAGAAGCUUCGUCUUCAAGAUGAAAUUAACACUUAUAUGACAAGAGACAAGGAACACUUGGAAAAGCAGGCAUCUCUUUAUGAUGAAAUCCAAGAGCUUCUAAAGAGAAUUGAGUUUAUGGAACGUUUGCAGCACACUAUUGCUUCCCCAUCUCCAAAUACCAGCUUGAACGUUUCUGCAACAAUGUCGACAUUCUCACCAAUCUCACGUCUUUCAACUACCGGAAUCGAAACUUCUACUCAACAACAUACCGAGCGAAUAAAUGCAAUUAUAGGUUAUAUGCGAACAGAUAAGCAAAAAGAGACAGAAUUGCGAAUGUCUGCUGAAUUAGAAUUGCAACGACUCCGUGCCAAAUCUACCGUUGAUCAACAAAAGAUUUUACAAUUGGAAUCAGAAAUUGCUAAAUUGACCAACGAAGUUGAAAUUAACGCGAAAAUUGCUGUUGAAAAAGAAGAAUUGUUAACUCAAUUAAAUUCUUUGAGAGAAGUCCAAAAUCGUUAUCAACAAAUUAAAAAAUCGUUUGACGAAUUAAAUGAACGUUUUACUUCAACAAAUGUGCUGGCACAAGGGUUGGAAGUUGAGCAAGCAAAAUUGCUAGCUGAAAAAACUGAAUUAAAUUCAAAAUUGGAAAAUAUUACAAAAUUGUCGAAUGGUAGAGCACAGCAAAUUAAAUUGUUAAAAGAACGUUAUGAUAGGGCAAUGGCUAUGGCUAGCAAAUAUUCGCCUGAAAUUGUUAAUUCGCUUCAGGGUGAUAACGAAAAAUUAAAAUUGGAUAUAACUCAAAAAGAGAAUGAUAUUGGAAUUUUGAGGAAAGAGUGUGAUCGGUUAACUGAAGAACUUAAGAAGAUUAAGGAUGAACAUAACACACUUACGGCAGAAUAUACCAAAGCUACUGCAACGCAUAAAGCAGCACAUGAAAGUCAUCUUAUGGUCAAACAGGUUGCUAGAAAAAUUCGUGAAGAAAAAAUUAAGCUUUCCGAAGAAAAUGUUAAACUUCAGGAAGAACUUAUAGCUGUUCAAGACCAAUUGGUAAAGACUCGAGAUUCUGUUGCUGCUGCCGCUGCAGGCUCUUCAAAUGCCGAAGCUGUUUCAGCUAUACAAGCGGAGAGGAAGGAAUAUCAGACAAAAAUUGAGGAAUUGACUAAAAAAAUUGAGGCUUCAACUCAACAAAUUAAAGAAUUAGAAGCUCAAAGAGACGAAUUAUUAAUAAAAAUCGAAAAUCAACAAAGGGAUAUUGAAGACGCAGCAGAAAAGGUUAUGCGAAUUGAAAUGGUUGAAAAAGCUUAUAAAAACAGUCAGGAGAAGAUUCGUCAAUUGGGAAGUGAAAUUAAACAAUUGAAGGAAGAAAAUGAGCAAUUGAGUAAAUUUGAGGCAAGUGAAAUUGGUGAAGGAAUAAUUGACAUUGACGACAUUCCUGUUGCAGCAGCUACUGAAGCAGCAGCAACUUCUUCAACAGAUAAUAACAAACCUGCUCCUGUUGAACAACAACAACAACAAGUUGAACAACAAUUAUUAGAGAAGACACAAGAUUUUGUUGCUGCAGAAUUUCCUAUUCAAACAGGAACUGAUGGUUUGAAUGAACUUAGUUCUGGAGAGAAUAUUCCAGUUUCGUAUGAUGGAAAUAAGCAAGAAGAAGAAGCUGGAUUUUAUGAAGAAAAAGGAGAGGGAGAAGAAGGAGAGGUAGUAGGUGAUUGUGAUGAUGUUGAUGAAAUUGUUGAGGAUGAGGAACAAGAAAUUUUUGAUGAGGAAGGAGGGGAAAUUGGUGAUGAUGAAUUUGAAGUUGGAGAUGAAGAAGUGGAAGAUGAGGAAGUUGAUGUUGAAGAAGUUGGGGAGGAUAAUAUGGGACAUAAUUUCGAAAUUGAGGGACCUCCUCGUAAACAACGAAAAAUGUUUGAGGAAGAACAGCCUGAGGAACAACAAGAAAGCGAGACAAUGAAAAGUUUUGGUGAAAAUGAAGGAGAAAUGAAAGUGGAUGAAGAAGAAGAUGGAGGAAUGAAAGAAGAAGAAGAGGAUGACGACGAUGAUAUUCAACUUCUUUAA